AUCUUCUUUGACGUCACGUGGUCGCUGUCGCUGCCUGCCUCCAUGCUUGCUGGAGUUGAUGUAACGACCGUGUGGACUGGUCAUUGUGCCGGUGUUUGAGAUUCAUUGAUCGGAUAAACGGCGAUUAAACGGAUCUGUCAGCAGACAUGUCGUACUGCAAGCAGGAAGGUAAAGAUCGCAUCAUAUUUGUCACCAAGGAGGAUCAUGAAGCACCUAGUAAUGCUGAGCUUAUCGAAGAUGAUCCAAAUGAUCCAUAUGAGGAUCAGGGUCUUAUUCUCCCUAAUGGUGAUAUAAACUGGAACUGCCCAUGUUUGGGAGGUAUGGCCAGUGGCCCUUGUGGACAGCAGUUCAAGGACGCCUUUUCUUGUUUCCACUAUAGUAAAGAGGAGGUAAAGGGUUCAGAUUGUGUGGAAAACUUCCGGAGUAUGCAGGAGUGUAUGCAGAAGUACCCUGAGCUCUACCCUCAGGAUGAUGACAAUGACAGCGCCCCCUCUGGUGGGGCAGAUACUGCACCCACUGACUCUGUCCCUACAUCCUCUCCUGAUUCCACACCAGCAACCACAGAAAACCCAGCAGCUAGCUAAUAUUAUUUUGGCUUCAAUCCCUUCACACCUCACAGCAAAGACCGCUCCACUUUUGAGUAUGAAGAGAUAAUAUCUAACUAUGCCACUGGAUCGAUGCUCUCACAGAGAUGCAGGAAACCCAUUAAUCUCAAGUUUUGUGAAUCAAAUAUUGGAAUGACAUUAACAUGCACUUAAGGGACCUAUGAAGAAAAGAGGAUCUGUAUGAAUGGCAAGUCGACUUGCACUUGGCCUGUGAAACAUUAGCUGCCAUUUGAACCGUCCGGCUUUGUAUUUUCUGGUUAUCAUUUGCUCCACAACCUAAGCUUAGCUUGUUUGACUUGUGUGCUACAACAGAUCAAAGGCCAGUUGGCAUUGGUGAUUGAAUAUAAAAAACAAAUUAACAUUUCAUCUGCUGUUUUGUUGUAGAACAUAAUUAAAGUUUUAUGAUAAAGAAAUAAUCUGUUGCAAAUGUGUUGGAAAGCAUGUAGCCCUACGGUUGCACACAAAGUACAAACAUUAUGGGGUGUGAGUAAUUAAAUCUUACUCAUCAUCAUCUGCUGAUAAAAAAACAUAAUGUGUUGAUGUUAAACGAUUAUAAUGUCAAAACAACACAUUAUAAAAGAGUAGACCUUCUGUUUAGUAAGAACUGUUCCAAAGAGUAAUAGGUUUCGUUCAAGUGAAGUAUCUUAACACUGAGGGCUGUUUCUGAAACCAUUUUUAACACAUGCUAAUUAUGAACUGUGUUAAAAAUUGUGCUUAUUCAUAUAUUCAGUCAAUGACAUUAGUUUAUCCAAGAUUGACUGUUUUGAGUUUGACAUGUCAUUCAAAGCCUUAAUGUGAAUUAUCUUACUUUGAUGAAACAAGAAACAUGAUCUUUUGUGACAUGUAUCUGUUUCUGAAAAGUCUUUUAAUAAAAUAAAGGAUACGGAGUUCAAAUCAUGCAUAAGAACUAGGAGAAUUUAAAUCCGACUGGACCUUAGUAGCAUUUCAUUUUUCAAUUGUGUGAUGUUCAAAUAUAUUUUUAAAAAACACUGAAAUGUAUUAAGAGAAGCAAAUAAAAUGAGUGUGAAUGAA